AUGAUUAGUGCAAAAAAAGAAUUGGAAGAAAUAUUAAAGGUUGUUAAAAACUCUUCCUCUCCCCAAGAAUUAAAAGAUGUUUAUUUUAAAACCAAAGAAAUCAUUUUUGAAGGGAUUAAUACUUUCUGUGAAGGUUACCAACCGACCGAUGAAGAAAUAGAUUUAACACUACUAGCUUGUGAUGAAUCCUCCCAAGAAAAAGUUCGGAGACAAAAUCCGCCAACUGAUAAUCCACCGCCAACCGAUAACGGAGAUAAUGACGAUCAUAAUAAAGAAAAUGAAGAAGAAAUAAGGUUCGAAAGUGAAAACUCACAAAAGCGAGCAGAUGAAUUGCAAAAAGAAGUUGACAAUUUAAGAAGUAAAAAUAAACCAGUCGAGGCUGAUAAAUUACAAAAGAGGAUGGAGGAGAUUAAGCAAAACAUUCCAACAAAAAGUAAUCCAACAAAAACCGAAAAAGAAAGACUAAUGAGAGAACAAACUGAAAGAAUGAAUAAACAAAUUAAUGAAGUUCGCAAAAAAGGCGAAAGAGAGAUUAGAGAGUUGGGCAAUAGCAAAGAGUUAGAAAUAAGACGAGUUAGAGAAAAUAGUGAUAGAGAAAUUAGUAAUUUAAGAGAUGAAAAUCGUAGAACAAUGGAUCGAAUAAUGAGAAGCGGAAGCUCUUAUAUUGAUUCAGCAAAGAAUCGUUUUAUAAUUUAG